UAAAUACGCGUCGGACCAGGAAUAGUUGUUUACUGUAAAGUUAAUGUUCUCUGCUUCAGGGACAUUGUUUUGGCGUGUUUGUGCAGGUGUAUUAAAUAUAGUUAAGUGGGCAUGUUAAAUUCGUUGCUUAUAUUUUGAGAAUAUGUUUGUCAGACCGUUUCGUGUCAAAUCUAACACGGUAAUCAAAGGAUCAGACAGGAGAAAGCUCAAGGAUAACAUAUCGGCAGCCUUUCCUUCACUGUCUGCCGAUGAGCUAUCUGAGCUGGUUCCCAACAAAGAGGAAUUAAAUGUAGUGAAGAUUUAUGCACACAAGGGAGAUGCAGUGAAACUAUAUGUUCUUCAUAAAAACCCACUGUUUUUUGAACUGGAAAAACAACUUUAUCCUACAGUGUACGCUCUUUGGCGCUACCCUACUGUCCUGCCAACAUUCAGGACAUGGCCUCCUGUGCUUCAGAAGUUGAUUGGAGGGGCAGAUCUCAUGCUGCCGGGUGUGGUGGUGCCUUCAAGUGGUCUCCCAGAUUUGAAACAGGGCGACUGCUGUGCUGUUACAUUGGUGAACAAUAGUGCUCCUGUUGCAGUCGGCACAGCUGCAGUGUCCAGUGCAGAGAUGCAGAAUUUGGGCAUGAAAGGAAGAGGAGUGUGUGUCCUCCACACAUACAUGGAUAAUCUCUGGGCUUUUGGAGACAAGUCAGGUCCUCCUUCUUUACCAGAUCCAGAGAGUGAAGAACAAGGGGCGAAUGGAGGAGAGUGUGAGAUUGAUGAAGAGGAUGAGAAGGAAGAGGAUGAGAAGUGUGUGGAUGAGGAGCAGCAGACUCAUGGUGAAACGGUCACAGAUCAAGCUUCUUCUAGUACUGAGGAGCUGAGCCUGGCUGAGAAGGAGGAAGAGAAUGGUGUAAAGGGCAAUGAGAAAGAUGAGGAGAACCAAGAGGACCAGAAAACACCGCAAGCAAUGAUGGACGCCCUGCUGUUACAGUGUUUUCUGCAUGCUCUUAAGAGCAAGGUGAAGAAGUCAGAGCUCCCUCUGCUGACCAGUACAUUUCUCCGCAACCACAUGUUCUCCUGCUGCCCAAGUGGAAAGCAGCUUGAUAUAAAGAAAUCCAGCUAUAAAAAGCUGUCUAAGUUUUUACAGGCCAUGCAACAGCAGCACAACCUUGUGCGAGUGAAAGAACUGACCAAGGGGGUGGAAAGCAUUGUGGAGGUGGACUGGAAAAGUCUGGAACUGCGUUCCUUCAGUGUUCCCGAGGAGACAGAUGUUGAAGCAGCUGCGGUGAAGGACGGAGGGGAAGGAGACGUUCUGUACCAUCCUCCUGAGAUCACAACUUUGUACUCUGUCUCUGCUCGGGUGGAGCCUCUGUUUCUGGAUGCAAACAAGAGGAAAGGCACAAUCCUGCAGCCUGCUGAAGUGAGAAGUAUUGUCACAGAAUAUGUGAAGAAGAAUGAACUGGUUGAUAAAAAUAAUAAAAAUUAUGUGACCAUAAACCCAACUGUAUGUGACUGCUUGCUGGAGAAAUCCGAGUACCAGGAUGUAGAGUUUCUCAAGUGGGAUGACCUAUUUAGCAGGACUUUGGGAGGAAUGCAGGAGUGCUAUCAAGUUGAAUUCCCUGGACAAGCCCCCAUAAUAAAGAAGGGUCGCAUCGAGCCCAUAGACAUCUCUGUGGCGUCUCGAGGCUCUAAUAAGAAGGUUACUCUAAUAAAAAACCUGGAAGUGUAUGGCUUGGAUCCCGCUGUGGUGGCCACUGCUUUGCAGCGCAGAGUCCAGGCCAGCUCCGUCUUACAGGCCAUCCCUGGGGCCAAGGACAAAGUCCUGGUCCAGAUCCAAGGCAACCAGAUUCAUCACGUUGGCAAUUUGCUGUUAGAUCAUUAUCAUAUUCCUCGCAAGUGCAUCCAAGGACUAGACAAAGCUCCAAAAGGUGGCAAGAAGAAGUAGCAUUUCAACCUGCUAUACCAGCUGUUUACUGUUUUUAAAGCUGCUUUGCUGUAUGUAAACACACAACAACAACAACAACAACAAGCUGUCAGCCAUUCAUGGAAUAAAGUUGGUUCACUGUCGACUUGUGAAGAUUGAUGAA